AUGCCCAAGGCAAAGCACAACGACGUGGCCGAGUUCCACAAGGCCCUCAAGUCAAGCAAACGCAUUCUCGCCCUCUGCGGCGCCGGUCUGUCGGCCUCUUCCGGCCUGCCCACCUUCCGCGGCGCCGGCGGGCUCUGGCGGAACCACGAGGCCACAUCGCUGGCCACGAUGAGCGCCUUCCGCAACGACCCCGGACUGGUGUGGCUGUUCUACGCGUACCGGAGGCACAUGGCGCUCACGGUGAAGCCGAACCCUGCGCAUUACGCGCUGGCUGCUCUGGCGGAUAAGAACCCGGACUUUUUGUGCUUGACGCAGAACGUUGAUGACCUCUCCCCGCGGGCCGGCCACAACGAAGCACAACUCCGCCGCCUCCACGGCACCCUCUUCGACAUCAAGUGCGCCGACUGCGACUACGUCGAGCACAACAACACCGCCGACCCCCUCUGCCCGGCCCUGGCCCCGGCCUCCGAAGACGUCAAGAACGCCAACCAGACCCUCCCCCUCCUCGACCCCAGGAAGAAGCUCGCCGCCAUCGACGCGAAGGACCUCCCGCACUGCCCCUCCUGCGAGACGGGCCUCCUGCGGCCGGGAGUCGUGUGGUUCGGCGAGUCCCUCGACGGGGCGAUGCUGGACGGCGUGGACGCCUGGAUCGAGGAGGGGAAGGUCGAUCUGAUGCUUGUGAUUGGGACGUCGGCGCAGGUGUGGCCUGCCGCUGGGUAUAUCCUCAAGGCGCACAAGGCCGGGGCGAGGGUGUGUGCUGUGAAUCCGGAGGCGGAGGAUAGGGAGCAGCUGAAGAAGGUGAAGCGCGGGGAUUUCGCGUUUGGGAGGGAUGCGGCGGAGGUGCUGCCGCUUUUGUUAGAGCCUGUUAUUGGCAAGGUGGAGGAGAAUGUGCGGCCUGCUUGA